UUAUUUGUCAUUCAAGAUAACAAUUUCGCAUAAAAGAAUCGUUACAGCUAUUCAAGUACCAUUCGCUUACGGACAGGAAUCAGGAAUAGACAAUGGCAUUGACAACCCUGAUUUUCGCUUGUAUACUUGCCCUGGGCAUUGCUCAGGAUGAUGCAAAGGCGGUCGCGACCACUGAUGCACCUGCACCCGCAGAGGAGGAAGCCGAGAUGCCGACGUUACCCUGCGUCACCCCAGGUUUCGUCUGCAGCGACUGCAAGCACCAAGCCGUUUGCAUCGGAGACGGCGAAGGCGGCUUCAAGCAGAUCCAAAACGCCUGCCCCGAUGGAACCCACUGCGUCGGAAACGUAUGCGUCGCUGGGGCCAAAUGCAACUACAGGCCUUUCUCUUGCUCGGACGAAGGAUUCUUCCCGGAUCCUUUCGACUGCACGAAAUAUCACGUCUGCGUUAGGAAGCCCGACGGCACCUUCCAGCAGAUGCCUUUAGACUGUGACGGCAAAGGUUCUUACGAUGCAACUUCAGGUUCCUGCGGUUUCCCGCUCAACUCGACCGCCUGCCUAGAAGGCCCGGUGCCGAGGUGCGUCGAACCUCUCCAGGUCGGAGUGCUUAAGGCCGAUCCCUCACUUUACUAUCUCUGCACCGAAGACGACGACACCACCGGACCCGAGCUCUUCAAAUGCGCCGGAGGCAAAUUGUUUGAUGCUAAGAAACUUUCCUGCGUUGCUGGCAAGAAGUCCAAAAAGUAAACUUGGCCGAAAUAGCAUGAGGAACUUUGAUUUUGUACAAUGACUAACACCACUGUAAAUUAUUAUAAAUAAAGCAAUGCACCUUGAAUAAAGUUUGUUUUCUAUAUGCAUUAUA